AGCUAUCAAAAUAUUUCAAGGCCUCUAUAACAAAAUUCAAAAAGUUUUUAGAUUUUUAGAGGCCGUUAUGCCCACCCUGAAGCUGCGUAUCGGGCUGCCAUCGAAGCGAGCGCUAGGUAGUAUCUGCAUUUGCGGAGCACUGGCUUCAAUAUCGGGCCUGGCCUACAUGCGCUGGCGCCUGGAAGACCAGGUUCGCCAGACGGAGUACUACCAGCUGGCCAUCCAGCAACUGCGCCAGCAUAGCGGGGCCGUGAGUCUUUUGGGGGAGCCCAUCCGAGAGUCGGGAUUCAAUGUGUCCAACGAGAAGAACCGGGUCGAUGGGGGCAGGGCGCAGCUGCAAGUGACGGUGCAGGGGUCGAAGGACAAGGGCACCGUUUACUUUUGGGCCACCAACUCCCCCAAAAAAGGAUGGCUCAUCGAACGCCUGGAACUCGAGACACAGCAGCACCCAAACACCAGAUUUCUUCUCAAGAAACCCAAAACCUAUACCCAAAACGUAAGCAGUGACGGCAACCCAGAGCCCCAGGAAAGCGAAGAGGCGACGGAGCCGGUACCGCAGGAGAAAAUCGAAGUCCAGGUGGAGCCCGACGCAAGCAGCGAAGAAAAUGCUGACCGUCCGCCACCCAGCAUCCAGAACAAUCCUCCCCAGCAGCUGCGCCAGCAACAGGGCCAGGAACCAGCCCCCUACAUCCAGACAGCUGAGGGCGGCCGUAUGCAGUAGUACGGUUGUCGGGCAUUUGGAAGGCAGACAAUGCUUUAAUCCCAUGCAGACUUUUCGCCCAUAUUUGAAAUAUUAGUUAUUAUUUCCCCAUUCCAAAAUCAUAACCAGUUUUCGUCAAAUUCUGACAAGAAACUUGUGGAUAAGUUGGACUUUCGAUGGCGAAAUCAUAAACUAAAUCACACGUUGUUUAUUAAGAGAAUCAUUAAAUAAAUAUAAUAAUCUAAUUUAA